AUGAGUGAUCAUCCAUCCAAGUCGGGUUGGCGGACUUGGUCGACCAAGAAGAAGGUUCUUAUCUUGGGAACAGUCGCUCUCGUUAUUGUUGCUCUGGGUGUGGGUCUAGGUGCCGGCCUGGGAAUUGGUCUCAAUCACGGUGGAGACAAUGACGAUAACGAUAAUGAGGGCAGCGGGCCCGACACGACAACACCAACAAACACUACCGCAAAAUGGCAGCCGGCCGCUGGAACCAAAUGGCAAAUUAUCCUGAAGUCCGAGCUGGCGAAUGGCCAGAUCUCCACCAAGGUGGACGCACCAAUCUACGACAUUGAUCUUUUCGACAACAACAAGACCGUCAUCUCAGACCUCCAGAAAAUGGGCCGCAAAGUGAUCUGCUACUUCUCUGCCGGAUCGUUCGAGGACUGGCGCGAUGACGCUAGCAAGUUCGAUGACAAUGAUAAGGGCAAUGACCUCGACGGAUGGCCCGGCGAAAAAUGGCUGAAUGUCAAGUCCCCCAAAGUGCGCAAAAUUAUGCAGGCACGUCUGGAUAUCGCCGUGGCCAAGGGAUGCGACGGUGUCGAUCCUGACAACAUCGACGGAUACGAAAACGACCCCGGAGUUGAUAUCACUAGGGCUGAUGCUAUCGACUACGUGAACUGGCUUGCAUCCCAGUCUCACAGCCGUGGCCUAUCUGUUGGACUGAAGAACGGCGGAGACAUCAUUGAAUCUGUCAUUGAUAACAUGCAGUGGUGUGUCAAUGAGCAGUGUGCUGAGUACGAUGAGUGUACCACCUAUGAGCCCUUCAUUGAGGCCGGCAAACCUGUUUUCCAUAUCGAGUACCCCAAGGGCGACGAUACCAACAACAACAAGGCUGUAACGACUAAACAGUUAAGCUCUUCAUGCACGGCCAACGGCUCCGGCAACUUUUCAACUGUUGUAAAAAACAUGGACUUGGAUACUUGGGUUGAGUACUGCUCGUGA